AGGGAGGGGACGCAAGCAGCGCAGAACCCGGAUGCUGAUGCUGCGCGUGUCGGAUGGGGAGAAGGAAUACAGGGAGAGUGAACGCUAGAAACCAGAGAAAGGCCCCACUGACAGAGGGACUGCUAUCCUUGCGGUCACAAGGCAACCGAAGCGAACGGAUUAAAGCCAGGCGGUUUCAAGCGACUGUAACGCAAACUCGAAAGAAUGACUCCACGCGCGGUAGCCGAGGCGACGGGAGGAGAGCGCGAGAAGAUGCUGUGAUGUGCUCAUAGCCAGCGCGAGCGUGCGGGAGGAAGGGAGGGGGAGAGGAGGCUCCUACGCUAGUUAGAAGAUGCUUGUAUUUUGACCAGCAAUGUGUCCCGUACGAAUAAAGCAAGCGAUUUCUGCGCAAACACUGUAGCUUACAAAAGCGCAAUGUACACUUGGCACGCGCCCGGUGGAUUAAUUGGCGGAUUCAUGUGACGGAAGACACCGAGGCUUUCUUUCGCGAAAGGGUGGCUGUUUUCUCCCGUACAGUUCUCCCAUAUUUCCGGAUGUGAGGCCUGGAAGAUACCAGUAGUUUAUAUCAGGCACGUCGGGACGCUCAUCCUUUACAUCCAAACAUUUAUUAAAAUAAAACGAAACACUUUGAAGAGUCAGGGACAAAAGAAAGAUUCACUUAAUCUUAGACAGAAUAAUACGUAUAAGUUGUCACAAACCGGAUGUGCGGUUCUUUCUCAGAAUAGAUGUGGCCAAGUUUUUAAUAAAUAGGUCACUUGCAGUUUAGCAACAACGUUGUAUAGUCUACAUGAAUAUAGUUUUAAAGAAAAGAUACCGGCGAAAACAAACUAAUGACUGAACCAGGCUGCCUAUUAUUCCUGUUAUCUUUACCUGUCUUCUAUAUUCAUAAUCAUUUUGGUGUCAUUCACAGCUAUUAUCUGAUGUAGUCAUAUAGUAGCCUAUCGGCCCAGAUUUAAUCGUGUCCCCUCAUCAUUCAUCCAACAGCAGCCACAGGCCGUUUAAAUCGCAAUAACAGCUGAAGUGUGGCGUAUAGGCUCGGCUGAACAAGCAACUCUUGUUUAUUUUUUUGAUAUUUUCGAACGGAAAAUGUUACCGAUCCAUUUCCACGAACUUUAAGGAGACGGCAGAUGUUUGGGAGUGGGCCACGGCACUGACAGCACGCCUCAGCAUCCCUGUGUCAUCGCUCACCGUCUGUGAUGUCUGUACGGCGGAGCUAUUACGUGAGCAGGACAGGCACCGGUGGAUACAUUGUGAAAAUACACUGAUUUACCCGCUUAUAUUGUGACACAAAAGCUCUGUCGAACGAAAUGUCCAGUAAGGAGUUGUCGGGGAGUCAGGCAGCUCAGUAUGUCGGGCCCUACCGACUGGAGAAGACGCUGGGGAAGGGCCAGACAGGUCUGGUGAAGUUAGGAAUUCAUUGUAUUACAGGACAGAAGGUGGCCAUAAAGAUAGUUAACAGAGAAAAGCUAUCAGAGUCUGUUCUUAUGAAAGUGGAGAGAGAGAUAGCUAUUCUUAAACUAAUAGAGCACCCUCAUGUCCUAAAACUGUAUGAUGUGUACGAGAAUAACAAAUAUCUGUAUCUAGUGCUGGAACAUGUAUCUGGUGGGGAGCUAUUUGACUACCUGGUAAAGAAAGGCAGAUUGACGCCAAAAGAGGCUCGAAAGUUCUUCAGACAAAUCAUAUCUGCUCUGGACUUCUGUCACAGUCACUCUAUAUGCCACAGAGAUCUUAAGCCUGAAAACCUCCUGCUUGAUGAGAAGAAUAAUAUCAGGAUUGCUGACUUUGGCAUGGCCUCCCUACAGGUUGGGGAGAGUCUGCUGGAGACCAGCUGUGGAUCACCCCAUUAUGCAUGUCCUGAGGUCAUCAGGGGAGAGAAAUACGAUGGACGUCGGGCAGAUGUAUGGAGCUGUGGGGUUAUUCUCUUUGCUCUGCUGGUGGGAGCGUUGCCCUUUGACCAUGAUAACCUGCGUCAACUGUUGGAGAAGGUGAAGAGUGGGGUAUUUCACAUGCCUCACUUCAUUCCUCCAGACUGCCAGGCUCUCCUCCGUGGCAUGAUUGAGGUUAACCCUGAGAAACGCUUCACGUUGGAAGAAAUACAAAAGCACCCCUGGUAUCAAGGGGGCAGGAACGAGCCAUGUCCAGAGCAGCCACCCCCGAGGCGUGUGUGUGUGAAGAGGAUUCUGUCUCUUACAGAUCUGGACCCUGAUGUUCUGGAGAGCAUGCACUCCUUGGGCUGCUUCAGAGACCGUGUCAAGCUCACCAGAGACCUGCAGUGUGAAGAAGAAAACCAGGAGAAGUUGAUCUACUAUCUUCUGUUGGACAGAAAGGAGCGCUACCCUAGUUAUGAAGAUGAACUUCUUCCACCCAGAAAUGAUGUUGAUCCUCCCCGUAAGCGGGUGGACUCGCCCAUGUUGACCCGUCAUGGGCGUUGUCGGCCGGAGAGAAAGAGUCUGGAGGUACUGAGUGUGACAGAGCAGGGCUCUCCGACACCUCCCCGCAGAGCACUGGAUACCUCUGCACAUAGCCAGAGGUCUCGGUCAGUUAGCGGAGCUUCAACCGGCCUCUCAUCCAGUCCCCUCAGCAGCCCUCGAUCCAAAGACCCCAAAGCAGGAAGUUCCACCACACCCCGGGCGUCCCAACGCGCACCUGACCAAAAAACCCAGACCCUACCCUCAAAAGCAGCCUCUGACCGUCCCCACCUGCAGUCUAUGAAGUCCCUCCCCCUGCAGACUCCUCCGUCUCCUUCACCCUCCCCCUCUCCGCUCCUGUCCCCCAUCCCUCGCUUCUUCUUCCCUGCUCCUUCUGUCCUGAAGUCUGUCACUAAGACCAUCUAUCCUAACUCUGCCCAUGUGUCGCAGGUCACCCCACAGGGCUCCCCACUCCCCACCCCUCUGGGGACUCCUGUGCACCAUCCCCAGCACCCCCCUCCCACCCCCUGGAGGACACGCCUCAACUCCUUCAAGAACAACCUGCUGGGUUCGCCACGCUUCCACCGCCGAAGGCUACAGGUUCCUACGUCAGAAGAUAUGUCCAGUUUAACUCCAGAGUCCAGCCCAGAGCUGGCAAAGAAGUCGUGGUUUGGAAAUUUCAUCAGUCUGGAAAGGGAAGAGCAAAUUUUUGUGGUGAUCAGAGACAAGCCACUAAGCUCAAUCAAGGCUGACAUUGUCCACGCCUUCCUAUCGAUUCCCUCCCUGAGUCACAGUGUCAUCUCUCAGACAAGUUUCCGGGCGGAGUACAAGUCCUCCGGAGGUCCGUCUGUCUUCCAGAAGCCUGUCAAAUUUCAGGUUGACAUUGCCUUUUCUGAGGGAGUGAGAGAACGAGAGAGGGAGAAAGAGAGAGAAAGGGAGGGAAGGAGAGAGACUGGCAUCUACAGCGUCACCUUCACCCUGUUAUCAGGUCCUAGUCGCAGGUUUAAAAGAGUGGUAGAGACCAUUCAAGCUCAGCUUCUCAGUACACAUGACCAGCCCUCUGUGCAGGCGCUUACAGAUGAGAAAAAUGGGCUUUCAUCUCGCCCACCCAGCACACCGACCCGUCAGAACUCUCGUCGCUCGGAGGGCGGAGGUGAUCGCGGUGAGCGAUCAGAACGCGGCGAUCGAGGAGAAGGGAGCAGUAUUGGCGGUAGUGCGAGUGUACUACAAAGGAAGGGGUCUGGCAAGGAUAAAACUCGCCUCCUUUCCUCAAAUGGGACCCAGUCUCAGCCCUAAGUGAACUAAUCAGACAAGCUUUUGAGCGGGAGGGGACAAUCCCCGCUCUUGAUUCCCCCCAGACACGACUCCCUCAUAGUCCAUCUGCACAGUACACAACAACAGGUAUACUCAGCCUUGAUUUUCACAUCACUAGCGGAAACCCUGGGAUCCAACUGCAACAAUAGGAGAGUCAGGAGUCUAUCCACAUGGAAGUGUUCUUACAUGCAAAUAAUCGUCUGAUGAAAAAAUUAUGAUAUCACUUAUCCUUCUUAGGAACAAAGGAUUUGAAAAGUGGAAGCAAGAUGUAUCGCUUAAUAUAAACCCCAGCUAUAAAUUAUUUCAUACAGUACAAACAAGGAGAUUGACAUACCGGUGAACAUCCAGUGAUCUAAUGGCAACAAACUAUUUAAGGAGGAACAAACACUAAGUGGGACAGGAAAGAAUGUCUCUAAAACUUCAUCAUCAUCAUCAUAAGCAAUGAUCCAUCAGAAAAUCACUAAGAGCUGUUUGAGGUAGAGAAAAGCAAACAUGUCGGGAAAAAGUGGGAAGUUCUUCAUUCUUAACACCACUUGGAGCACAAAAAAAAAAGGAUUUCUAGAACACUAUGUAAAGAAAAGAAUAGGGAUUUUUUUAGAACGGGAAUCUAUUUUGUAACCCAAGAUGCUACUAUAGUCCUAUGUGACUAUACCUUCAUGAUCUGAGGACAGAUGACGCCUUUAGCGAGAUGUUAAGUGUUGAAGAUAUAGGCUAUGUUAACACUGAUUGUUCAAGCUUGUGCUUUAGAUCUUGAACUCUGUGAUAUGUUGUAGAUCAAAUAAUCAGUCAGUUUCAGAUAUGCAGUGGAGAGCUGUCCACUGGAAGCUACAGUUGGCAAAAUUGGGCGGUUUUAAGUCACUGCAGUUCUGAGAGUACCUCAGAUCUACCCCACUCACUAAGCAGGGCACAGAGGGAUGAGCAGGCAUCUAGAUUUCCUAUGACAUGUUCACACGGAAACCGAACAAGAGGAACAAAAUAGCCAGUCACUCCCUUGUGUCAUACAAAGAGACAGUGGGAGAAAAAAUGUAAAAGCCUCCACUGUUUUCUCAUGUGACUCCUGGUAGAACUUCCAUAAUAAGUGGAAGUCCACAAAAGUCUUUUUUUUGGUUUCUACUUCGAUAUUUAUAUUAUAUUUUAGAGCUGGGAUGUGAAAUAUUUCUGUCAACAAAAUGAAGUGAAUGUCAAAAAACAAAAAUAUAAAUAUUUUAAAU